CCCUGCAUUCACUAUAUCCGCUCUCCCUGGACCCUGCAUUCACUAUAUCCGCUCUCCCUGGACCCUGCAUUCACUAUAUCCGCUCUCCCUGGACCCUGCAUUCACUAUAUCCGCUCUCCCUGGACCCUGCAUUCACUAUAUCUGGUCUUCCAGGACCCUGCAUUCACUAUAUCUGCUCUCUCUGGACCCUGCAUUCACUAUAUCUGGUCUCCCUGGACCCUGCAUUCACUAUAUCCGCUCUCCCCGGACCCCGCAUUCAUUAUAUCUGGUCUCCCCAGACCCUGCAUUCAUUAUAUCUGGUCUCCCCAGACCCUGCAUUCGCUAUAUCUGGUCUCCCCGUACCCUGCAUUCACUAUAUCUGGUCUCCCCAGUCCCUGCAUUCACUAUAUCUGGUCUCCCACCAUACACAGAACAUGGAAAUACAAUUAUAUUAGUAAAUAUAAACUGCUAAAUACCUUUUCUCAUCAACAAUGUAUAGCAAUUUUAUGA